AUGAAGAAUGCAAAGACCAGAAGUGGCCGAGCGUUUCCAGUUUCGCGAAAGCCGAAACCAAUAGCUGUUCGUAUGGAUCACGUCGAGUUCCUUCGACGCCGCCGGUCUCCCCGAAAGCAUUUGGACAGCAAAGAGCACGAUAGGACACUGAAAUAUUUUUUUCGAAAAGACACACGGCGGCGUCAACGACAAGAGAUGAAUCAAGAGAAAGAACCAGAAGUUGUAGAAGCAGAACAGACGGACGUCGCCUCUCCCCAACGGCGUUCAAAUCGAAAUCUUCAUGCUAUUCGGCUUAAAGGUAGUGGAACAUUCUACCGAAACCUUCGAACGCUUUUCUUUGGAAAACGAUCAGACACAGGAUACCAAAACAUAGGUGGCAAUCGAAUACAGUGGCUGCGAGAGUGUGAUAACCCCCCUGUCUAUGUCAUUGAUGACUUCUUGACACCAUCCGAACUAGAAUACUUUGACUCUCGUGUAAAGGACUUGAAAUUUGAAAGAAGUUUUGUUGAUAACAUGGCAAUAGACGAAAUGAGGGGAGUCGAUGAUGCCACAAACCUAGACGAUAAAUCAAAGAAGAGACAGCGGCGGACUAUUCUUGACACUACGCAUCGGACCUCAAGAUUCUUUGCAUUCAGAAAGCAGCAAGAUGCCAAAAUAGCAUCCUUGGAACGACGCAUUGCAGAAUUGCUUGGAUGUUGGGUACACCAAAUUGAACCAUUACAGCUUGUGAGAUAUCUCCCUGGAGAAUUCUUCAACGUCCACCACGACAUGGGCGAUCUCAUGGACGAUGAUCAAGUCAAGCUCCCAAAGAAACAUGUUGCGGUGAAGCGUCGAGUUUUGACAAUGUUCUUCUACUUGAAUACACUCACCGAAGAUCAAGGCGGAUGCACACAUUUUCCAAAGUGCAAGAAUCUCCGAGUGCAGCCUAAAAGAGGAAGAGUUGUGAUAUGGAGCAAUGUGACAGCAGAAGGAUUGCCAGACCCGAGAACUAUUCAUGCUGGGGAACCAGUCAACUCAGGCGAGAAGGAUUUUGCAAAGUAUGGAUUGAAUCUUUGGAUUUGCGAAGAGUGA